AUGUCCGAAAUCACACCGACUUUCAAGCCCGCCCUAAUACUCCAUGGAGGUGCAGGCAAUAUUCGGCGCGAUAAGCUACCACCAGAUCUCUACGACAAACACCAUACCUCCCUUCAAUCCUACCUCCGGUCAACCCAUGCACUCCUUAAAGACGGUGCCUCCGCCCUCGAUGCCGCUGUUCACGCUGUAUCGUUGAUGGAAGAUGACGAACUAUUCAAUUGUGGCCGUGCGAGCGUCUUCACUACAGCGGGCACGAUCGAAAUGGAAGCUUCCAUCAUGGUCACCACAGUUCAAGAUCCCAACCAGAAUCGACCAGGGGAAAUGAAAAAGGCCGCAGCUGUCAUGAAUGUAAGGAAUGUGCGGCAUCCCAUCCAACUCGCGCGCGAAUCGCUCUUGCGAACCGGCCAGACUCCCCAUGGUAAACCUACGCACGACGGUGGUAGCAUGCACCCCCAGCUCGCAGGGCCUCAUGUGGAGACUCUUGCUCGGGAGUGGGGUCUUGAAUUCAAGCCCGAUGAAUGGUUCUGGACACAGCGUCGCUGGGACGAGCAUCAACGGGGGCUGGAGGGCAAAGACGAACCUAUAUCUUUGAGUCAGGGCACGGUUGGUUGUGUCUGUCUGGACCAGUGGGGCAAUCUGGCCGUUGCUACCAGUACGGGUGGUAAGACGAAUAAGCUUCCCGGUCGCAUUGGAGAUACUCCGACUCUGGGCGCUGGGUUCUGGGCCGAGGCGUGGGAUCUGAUGUUCCCGGGACAUACAAUCGCUCUCGCUCUCGAGGCCGCGUCUCCUGUAGCCUCGCACGGAAAUACCGACGUACCCGCCCCGGCGCCAAGAUUCAUGGGCAAAGUCGUCACUGGCACCAUGGCUGGUGUGCAUGAGUUCUGUGGGAACUUGAAAGAUAGCUUGCGGAGCUGCCUGGGUUCACGUCCUAGGGGUCAAAAUCUUGAUCCUCCAGCCUAUUCAUCUUGUCCACCUAGCGUACAUGGAUACGCAAGAAAAGCCAUGGCAAUCUCAGGGACCGGGGACGGCGACUCGUUCCUUCGACUAGCUGCAGCACAUUCAGUCGCCUCGCUAUCUCGGCUGCAAAAUUUCUCCGUUGGCCAGGCUGUCAAGUCUGUAGCUGGCCCGGGUGGUGCGCUGCAGCGCUCUGCUGGGCCCCGGUGGGGAAUCACUGGCGAAGGCGAGGGUGGAUUUAUUGGAAUUGAGGUUGAUACGGAGUGCACUGGUGAUUCUGCUGAAGAGUUGAGAAAGCUACGGCGUGGAAAUGUGGUCUUUGACUUUAAUUGUGGUGGGUUGUGGCGUGCCUGGAUUGAGCAUGAUGGGAAUGGAAAGGAUGUCGAGAGGAUCAUGGUGUUCCGAGAUGAGUAUGAGUAA